AUAUAUAUAAUUAAAAUAAAAAUAAAUGAUUAGUCAAACUUCAUUAAAGAUAUCUUAUAAUUUGAAGCUUUCUAAUUUGAAUUCAAAUGCCCUUGUAAUGAAAUCUUAAUUCAAUAAAAUUGCUUGGGAAUCAAGUAAUCCUUACAAUAAACGUUGGGAAUAUAAAUUCAAACAUUCUUAUUAUACUUAUCCGAGAGAUUAUGAGCACACACACGUUAAAAAACCUUAAGAUUCAUGGGAUGUAGUACCUUUAUAUUAUGCUUAUUUCAAGGAUUUUGUUGACAGAUGGAUUCCUGGAAUGAAUAUGGUGUGGUAAAGACGUAAUAGAGUAUUUGAUAAAUUUAAUGUAUAUUUUUUACCUGCAACUUCCUUAUUUUUUUAUCAAUUUGCACACCUAGCGAUUGGAUUUAAAGUUUUAGCUGCAUAUCCAUUAUUCCUUAUUUACACAAGAAUUAGAGAUAGAACUUUAGAUCCUGAUUUUAAAGAAACAUAUUUGAGAGAUAUGCUUUACUAAAAUUCUGAAAUUUCUAAAUACUUUAAUGAAGAAACUAUUCAUGUGUUAGAUUAUGAUUUCGAAUAUUUACCUGGAUACUUAGAUACUGCUAAAUUCCCUGAAUAUGAAAAUAAAGUAUUCAGAUUCUUUAAUACUGAUACUUCUUAAUGUUAAGGAUUUUUUAAAUUCGGAGAUGUUGAAUCAGGUGCAACAAUGACUCUUAAAAUGAAAACUAUGCCAAUUCCAGGAAAAUAUAGAUAUUAAGUAGGAGAACCUUACUACUUUUAUGAUUUAAGAGCUGAAAUAACUCAUAAUGGAGUUUUUAAAGAAGUUGUUUUAGUUGAUGAGAACGAAACAUUAAAAAAAAUUCGUCCUUACUUAUUUUUAAUUUGAUGGAAUUAAUAAUAUAUUUUUAUUUUAUUGCUAUUUUUUUAUAAAUAUGUUAUUCGUUUAAUAUUAUUUUUACAGACAUCUAAAAAAAUAAUAUGAAAAAUAAAUAAAUUUUGUAA